AGCAUUCAGGGAAGAUAUUAAGAAAAAAUACAGUCACCAUAUGAGCAUCCCUAACGUUGUAAAGAACCCGGACAGGAACAAAGACGUGUCAACUCCGGCUAACUUUACAGCAGUCACCUUUGUGAAGUCCUUCGCCAGCAGCCAAUCAGCGGCAGGAAGAGACACAUGGACGGUGAUAAUAUUUCCACACAGCAGGCUGAGGCCAUCGAGAACAAAGAAAGACGAUGAGUUAUCUCUAAAUUGUCCGUCUAUUUGGUAUGUUACGAAGUGCCUUUAACGUUUAUUUCCAGACUCAGUAGUUGUUUUUUUUAAUUUUGGGCGUGUUGAGACUUGUUGGUUUUGUUGAGCAACGGGGAAGCUCGUCCGUGUUGUGGCGACUUCUUCCGAGCCCUGCUGCCUUCUAGAGGGAAACGUCGAUUUAUGGAGUCACAUCGUCCUUGGUAGAAGAGGGUUUAGUUGAACUGCAUCUUUGCACACAGGCGCCUCAUUUGCGCCCAUGAGUUAACACCAGGAUUUCCCACUAACUCAUUAGGAUCUUUAGUCCAUCCCUUUCCCUGGCCUCUCUCCCAUUCCCUUAAAACCACCUCACUAUGGGCCAAAAGAUCUCUGUGAGCAUCAAGUCAGUGGAUGAACAUGGAGAGCCCUCAUACCAACCAGUGCAACGUGAACUACGAGGUCCAGAUUUCUGCCGGCCACCCAGAUUGGAUUUACUGCUGGACAUGCCUCUUGCCAGUCCUGAGACACAACUCUGCCAUUCCUGGAACCCUGAUGAUAGGUCCCUCAACGUUUUUGUUAAAGAGGAUGACAAGCUGACGUUCCACCGACACCCGGUGGCACAGAGCACAGACUGUAUCCGAGGCAAAUUGGGCUACACCAGAGGCCUCCACGUUUGGAGAAUUCUUUGGCCAGCCAGACAGAGAGGCACUCACGCUGUGGUUGGGGUGGCCACAACUGAAGCACCUUUACACUCAGUGGGAUACACUGCUUUAGUGGGCUCCGAUUCAGAAUCCUGGGGCUGGGACCUAGGUCGAAACCGACUGUACCAUGAUGGAAAGACUCAACCAGCAUCUUCGACAGCACCCACAUACCCCUGUUUCUUGGAGUCAGAUGAGUCAUUUGUUCUCCCAGACUCCCUGGCAGUAAUACUUGAUAUGGAUGAGGGCACAUUGAGCUACAUGGUUGAUGGACAAUAUCUGGGAGUAGCAUUCAGGGGUUUAAAAGGCAAGAGAUUGUAUCCCAUCGUCAGUGCUGUGUGGGGACACUGCGAAGUGACUAUUCGCUACAUCAACGGACUAGAUCCGGAGCCCCUCCCCCUCAUGGACCUAUGCAGACGAGCGGCUCGCCUGGCUCUAGGUAGGGAGCGAAUCCAUCACAUCGACACGCUGCCACUGCCUGAAACUCUCAAGAACUACCUCCAGUACCAGUGACUAUGACACACACACACACACAGGCAGAUGUUUUUUGUCACCACCACACUUCAAACUCCGCUCAAAAUUAAACCUUAGACAUCUGCUGAGGAUGCGGACAAGAAUGUAUAGAGGUUGAAGAUGACACUAGUUUAUGAAUGCAAAAAUAGACUGUCCAUAAUGUCUUAAACACUGUGGCUUGAGGCUACUGUUUAGUCUGACAUAUAUUGUGGAAGCAUGUUAUUUGUCAUGCAUGAUGUACAUGAAAAACAUCCAUAUGAGAAACGGAUUGAGGAAACAAAAAAAGAAAGACAAUCUAUGAACACUCUCAAAACCCACGCAUACAGUACAUAACAUGCAUUCAAUGAAUGGUUGUUUGGUUUUCUACAAAUGAAGUCACCUUUUGUUUCCCUUACUUGAACCCACUUUUUAAUGUUUCUCAUUUUUAUACGAACUGCAUAUGACUUGAUGAACCUAAAGGUGACACUUUGACUGUUAUUGUGCCUGCUUUAAGAAGACUUUAAGAAACACACAAAAAAAAGCACCUGACACUUCUGUUCUUUGUAAAGAGUUUUUUCCCCCCUUUGGAGUUUUAAACGCUGCUUUUCUAUCGUUACCUGGUCUUAAUAUUGUGGGUUUUUAUUCACAAAUUCUUUUUUUUUUUUUUAUAAUUAUUGAGACUUUUUCAAUGUUUUCCUUUUAAUUUUUUUUUUACAUAUUGGUCUCGCAGGUAUCGAUAGCAUGUCAUGCCAUUAGGAUUUUUCAAAUGUCAAUAAAAAUAAACUUGGCUA